GCAUGCUGCCGUCUCCACCUCCACCGCACCUCCCGUCGUUUCUUAUGCAACUUCAAGCACUAAUUCUCAUGCAACGAUUAAACAUGCUGGUCGCUGGGCUCGUUUCUUGCUCUUUAUCUGCUGCACCUCUCCUGAGUAUGCCGAUGGCCAUCUUCAAUUUUUACUACGAUAUGUUAUGUUAUCCCACCCCUCAAGUUCAUACAAUGGAGGCAUAAUAUUGUUUGUCAAUCGCAUACUUUCGGGACCUCAUGUGAAGUCCUGCAGAUGAAUGAUAGAUGUCUAGUCAUAGUUAUUUACUGUGUCAUAUGUUUUAUUAGGACACGAUGCGCGACGUAUCGGAACUCA